UUAUUGGCUGUUGCUUGCUUGUCCGUCCUCUCCUUCGCAGUACUGGUAACAUUCCCAGAACGAGCACACUAUACACAACAUGUCUGAUACCGAGCUCAGUUAUACCUUGGCUUGUUCAUUGUCGCUCCCGUCCCUCGCUCGCCGCACGAGUCCGAGAAGAAAUACACAACUAUCCUGCCCGACGGAUCCAUCAGCGAGCCCGAAUCACAGCCGUGUUGGUACGACCAGCAUGUGUCUCUUAGAGCACAAGCUCGCAACGGCAAAAUCGCAAUCAGCGAUGCAUUCCGACCGACUCAGGCUGAUGUCCUGGUCACGGUCGUUGUGCCUGCAUACAAUGAAGAGCAAAGGAUGAGUGGUAUGCUGGAAGAGGCAGUCGAAUACUUGCAAUCGAACUUCCCACAGCCGCGGGACUUUGCUCCGACCCGGUCGGACGAGAAGCUCAAGGGCUGGGAGAUUCUCAUCAUCUCCGACGGUUCUACCGAUGGAACCGUCGACACAGCCCUGUCCUUUGCUCGCUCUCACCAACUUUGCGCACAACCCCCUACGCCUGCUGGCCCGUGGUCCUCCAACUCCGGUCCCAAGAUACGCUCCAAAUCUGCUCCGGAAGUCGAAACAGUACCAACCACCAUACCUCAUGGUAGCAUUCGUGUCAUCUCUCUGGAACAGAAUAGAGGCAAGGGCGGUGCUGUCACUCAUGGCAUGCGCCACGCCAGAGGGGCGUACGUAGUCUUCGCCGAUGCCGAUGGUGCUUCUCGCUUCUCAGAUCUGGGCAAACUGAUGGAGAACUGUGACCGCGUGGCCGACAACAAGGGAAGAGCUGUUGGUGUAGGAAGUCGAGCGCACAUGGUCGGCAGCGAGGCCGUUGUCAAGCGCUCCUUUUUGCGGAACACCCUCAUGCACUCCUUCCAUCUUCUGCUCCGUCUUCUCACACCUCCGGCUACAUCAUCCGUCAAGGACACCCAGUGCGGUUUCAAGCUCUUCACACGCCCUGCCCUCCCUUAUAUCAUUCCGUACAUGCACAGUGAGGGCUGGAUCUUCGAUGUUGAGAUGCUCAUGUUGGCGGAAAGCGCUGGCAUUCCCAUGGCCGAGGUAGCCAUUGGCUGGAAAGAAGUUGGAGGCAGCAAGCUGAAUGUUGUGUGGGACUCUCUGGGCAUGGCUUGGGGACUGGCCGUGUUGAGAGCUGCAUGGAUGGUUGGUGUCUAUCGUAGAGACGUCUGAACACAUCCGCAUCAUUUUGAGUUUUGUGUAUAUCGAUUCAUCAUAGACAAAAGCAGCUUUGCAAACCAUCCAGACGUCGAUUGCUAAGAGGGCCAUGAACCACGAACAGCACGCCUUUAUCAUCCCUCGUUGGCAAAACUCCGGCUUGCAUGAUUCUUUAUACGGGAUCUCGUGCUUGUUCGUAUGGCUACAGGAGCAUCAAAUCUAUUACGACCUCGAAGUACAUGCUUCAGUCUAUAUUUGGCAGAUUGAGCAACUACAACAAUUCUACCGUCACACGUUGUUUGUGCUGAACCAAAGAUAGUCAGAAGCCUGUAUUUGCUAUGCUCGAGACAGAUCCCGAUACGC